AUGGUUCUCCCUUCGAAGAAGCGCAAGCUUCCAACUGCGACCGGUCCCGCCUCGAAACGAUCAAAGAACAUCUCCAAGAAGAAAUCCGGUGGAAAAGAAUCGCGCCGAGCUGUCGACGCUACAGCACUCGCUUGGUCCUCGGUAGGCGAGGACUUUGGAGGACUAGAGGUUAUCGAGGGCGUGGACGUGGUCAAGGAUGGUAGCAAAGUGCAAUUCCUCGUGGCCGGCGACAAGAGCAACAUAAUCGAUCCUCAGCAAGAAGUUCUCGAUGGGGACGAAUCUUUUGAAGGGUUUGGCGACGACCCUGUGGAGGUCGGGGAUAUCGAUUCCGGCGAAGCUGGCAGUGGUCAAGGUGGCUUGGAGAGCGAGAAGCCUCAAGGGAAGAAUAAGGGCAAGGCUGGGCAAGGGAAAGCAGAACAAGAAAAGACCAAGAAGAACAAAAACAAAAACAAAUUGGAUGGGAAGAACAGUGGCGCCGAAAAAGAAGACGAGCAGCUGGACAAGGCCUCGAAAGUCGUACAAAAGUCCUCUGCACGCGGGGGCAACACGUUCGGCGCGUUGGCCGAUGCGAACGACUACGCAGACCAAGAAGACGUCGACAUGGCGGCCUGGGUUCCUCUGAACCUAUCGCCUCAAAUUCUCUCAGCCAUCGCGAAACUCAAGUUUACCAAGCCGACUUUGAUUCAGGAGAAGACGAUUCCCGAGAUUCUGGCUGGUGAUGACGUUAUUGGCAAGGCACAGACAGAGCAGGGUGUCAAGAGAACUGGUCCUAUGGCUGUGGUACUUUCCCCUACACGAGAAUUGGCCAAGCAAUUGGGUGAUCAUCUCAAGGCACUCUGUGACGGUCUUCCCAGCGCGCCGUACGUGUGUGUUGUGACAGGUGGUCUCAGUAUUCAGAAACAGCAGCGUCAAUUGGAGAAGGCUGAGAUUGUUAUCGGCACACCGGGUCGCUUAUGGGAGGUUCUUAGUGGCGACAGAGCUUUGCAAAGCAAAUUUGCCAAGAUCAAGUUCCUUGUUGUCGACGAAGCUGAUCGACUCUUUAAAGUUGGUCAAUUCAAGGAGGCAGAGGAUAUUAUUGGUGCUCUAGAUGGGAAAAGCCCGGGCGACGAUGCAGAGAGCUCAGAUGAGGACGAGGAGGAAGAUGAAGAGGACGAUGAGAGUAGUGCACGACAGACAUUGGUUUUCUCAGCAACUUUCGACAAGGACCUUCAGACCAAACUGGCUGGAAAGGGCAAAUCUACAGGAAGCGAUGAGGAGAAGAUGGCUUAUCUGAUGAAGUGUCUGAAAUUCAGGGGUGAGCCUAAAUUCAUCGAUGUCAACCCCGUAAGCCAGAUGGCUCAGGGGUUGAAGGAAGGACUUAUUGAGUGUGGUGCUAUGGAAAAGGAUCUUUAUCUAUACACCGUCCUCCUUCUCAACCCUGGUCGCCGUACUCUCGUCUUUACCAACUCUAUCUCUGCUGUUCGCCGUCUGACACCCCUUCUCUCGAAUCUUAACCUCACGGCGCUGCCUCUGCACUCCCAAAUGGCACAAAAGGCCCGCCUCCGUUCACUUGAGCGUUUCACUGCUGCUCGCAAUUCUAUUCUCAUUGCCACCGAUGUUGCCGCUCGUGGUCUCGAUAUCAAGCAGGUUGACCAAGUUCUGCACUACCAUGUCCCCCGAUCUGCGGAUACUUACAUCCACCGAUCUGGUCGUACAGCUCGUGGCGAGUCUAGUGGCGUGAGUGUGAUUCUGUGCUCACCUGACGAAGUCCUCCCUACUCGACGUCUUGCAAGCAAAGUCCACGCCGAGCGUAGCUUGGGUGCAAAGAGAGAGCACUUUAUUCAGACUCUCCUUAUUGAUAGAAAGAUGGCAUCGCGUCUCAAACCCCGUGUGGACCUGGCCAAAAAGAUCGCCGAUACUGUACUAGCCAAGGAAAAGGCCCACAGCGACGAUACAUGGCUACGAAAUGCAGCUGAUGAACUUGGAGUAGAAUACGACUCUGAAGAUCUCGAGGCUGUCAACGCAAGUGGUGGCAAGGGGGGUCGAGGUGGUGGACGAAGGAGAAAGGAGCAGGCAGCCAAGAGCCUGUCUAAGGCCGAAAUGGGUGCUUUGAAGGCUCAACUGAGAGAGGAGUUGAGCAGAAGAGUGAACCUGGGUGUUAGCGAGAGGUAUAUCACGGGUGGAAGAGUGGACGUUGGUGCUCUUUUGAGAGAAGGGAAGAACGGGGGCAUUUUCCUGGGAAAUACAGAUGGAUUGGGGUUUGACUUGUAG